AUUCUUUUCUACUCCAGAAGAGACUGCUGGCUUAUAUCUAGGCGCGUCUGGAUCCUCGUGUCUCAACUGCUCCAGCGCUUCCCCGCCUUCUCGCUCCUGACUGGCUGGUCCCAUUGUUUUGCUCAUCUCUUGUCCCUUUUUGACCUCGAUUGAUCUUUGCUUCCGUUUCCUCCCCCCAACUUCCGUGGAUCUUAUCGCUCAGAUAUCCAUCCUCCAUCAACUAUCAACCAACCAUGCCCCCCCAAAGGAAACGCAAGUCGGAGAGCGCGUCAAUCGCCGAGGAGUCAGGCUCUCCUGCUGCGAAGAGAGUUGCCGCUCCCGAGACUCCUGCUACCGGAGAGAAGAGAAAGAGGGGUCGUCCCAGAAAGUACCCUGAGGGUAGCACUCCCAAGCGUCCUGACGGCCCCAAAAGAGGCCGUGGCCGUCCUCGUAAAGACCCGAAUGCCCCUACCCCCUCUAAGCCUACGACUCCCAAGGAAGGCAGACGGCCCAUCGGUAGACCGAGGAAGACUCCGACCCAGAAUGGAACCAACUCCACACCGUCCAAGACCAAGACAGAGACAGCUGAAGCCGAAGCCUCAGAGGAGCGCUCAUACUGGCUAAUGAAGGCCGAGCCGGAGUCACGGAUGGAGAAGGGUGUUGAUGUAAAAUUCUCCAUCGAUGAUCUGCGGGCCCGCAAGGAGCCCGAGCCUUGGGACGGUGUGCGUAACCCUGUUGCACAAAAACACAUGCGAGAGAUGAAGAAGGGCGAUUUUGCCUUCUUCUACCACUCCAACUGCAAAGUCCCCGGCAUUGCGGGUGUAAUGGAGAUUGUGCAAGAGCACUCCCCGGAUGAAUCGGCCUUCGAUCCUGCCCACCCAUACUACGAUGAGAAGUCGAACCGCGAUAACCCCAAGUGGCAGGUGGUCCAUGUGCAGUUCCAGCGCAAGUUCAAGAACCUCGUCACGUUGAACGAGCUCAAGUCACAUGCCAGCCUCGGAGGUGCCCUUGAGAACCUGCAGGUGCUCAAACAGUCACGGCUGAGCGUGACCCCCAUCAGCGCCGCCGAGUGGGAGUACAUAAUGGGGCUCGCGGAGGGAAACGAGCUUCAGGCCGAGGCAGCUGAAGCCUCGAAUGAUGACAGUGCUGGAGGCGACGAGCCUGGCUCCAGCGAGUAAAGGAUAUAGCGAUUUAAUUAUAGCGAUUCUGGGAUGACGUACUCUUGUGGAAUUCGAUAUGCGCAUAUUUACUUUGUACAAUCAAGGGACUUUCGGAGC